UCUGAAUAGGUCCGCUGAGUCUCACACGCAGACAGACGCAUCUCAAACGCACACAUAGACACGCGCUGGCCUGGACACUCUCGCGCACACACUCACACUCACACACACAUCUCAUAUGCAUACGUAAUUAUACAGACAGACCUUGCCACCCUCAUCCUCCACCAACCCUCUCACCCCCCACUAUCUGAUGACUCCCCGACGAGGAGUUGGACGUGGUACGAAACCGACUGUAGCAUCAUCAUCAUCACCACCACCACCAUCAUCCCCAUCUUCAACACUACCACGGUCAUCACCACCAUCCUCCCCCUCUUCCUCACCACCACCAUGUCCUCGUCGUCGCGCAAGAUCUCCUCCGAGUCUUUCAGCAGCUCGGUGGGCUCGGACUGCGGGCUUGAGAGCCCCGGGGGAGAUGGGGGGGACGGCGGUCUGGAGACGGCGGAGGAGAGCAGAGGCUGCCCCUUCUCCUCGUUCCCCUCCUCCCACAGAGCGGUGCUCUGGAACGGCCGCAGCCCCGCCGACAGGUCUGCGUGCCCGGCGGGCGAGGAGCAGCAAGUACCCCACAAGAGGGUCACCAGGAGGAGACGGGUGAACCUGGACUCGUUGGGGGAGAGCCUGAGACGACUUACAUCACCCAUGACACAGACUGUUCAAGAGGCUCUACAACGAACUCUCCAAUACUACAGACAGCAAGAGAUCAGGUGUCAGGACGUUGCUAGUGAGGAGAGAAGAAGAGAGAAAAGAGAAGAUAAGUGCCCAUUCCUCGAAAAUUCUGGCUCAGAGGAAGAUGUUCUCCAAAUCCUGCAAUACAUGGCCACCAUUCUGGGAGUACCAUUCUGUGAGCUGCGAGAGCACUUUGGAGAAGAGUUCUUCAGCCUUUGCUUUGAAGAAAACGAACGAGUGCUUCGGGCUGUCGGUGGCAACCUCCAGGACUUCUUUAAUGGCUUUGACGCCAUUUUGGAACACAUUCGCACCUCUACAGGGCGCCGUGCCUCAUCUGAGAGCCCCUCCUUCCAGUGUAAGGAUCCCCAAGAGGAGGAGACAGGGAGAAGAAAAUUGGACAAUGUUGGAGAGCGAGGAGAAGGAGAGGUUAGAGGGAAGUUGUUGCUUCUUCAUUGUUUCAACCCGGCCCCUGUUGUUGGAUUGGUCAUGCCUGGGCUAAUUAGAGCUGUUGCGAGGCGGAUCUUUCAUUCAGAAGUUGAGGUGGAAGAAGUGCCACCUCUUACUCCCUUAUUACCUAAUGAAGAUACAGAACACGCAGACGGUGACUCAGCAACCCCCACCCCAACUGCAUCACCCACUGCCUCACCCUCCUCAUCCCCGUCCCCACCCUCUCCUUUCCAUACGUCGGUCCCCACAGUUUGCUUGUCCUUCCAAAUCACAGAGACUUGCCCACCUACCCUCUCCUCCUUCCCAAAUGCUGCCCCCGUGAGCGCUAAACGGCCCCCGCUCUCACUCUCCACCAACCCCAGCGAUCUGCGCAUUGGCCUGGCUACGUUUUGCCGUGCCUUUCCAUUUCACCUGGUCCUUGGCCCUCACAUGGAGCUACUUCAGCUUGGAGAAGGGUUGAGGAGACAGGCUCGCAUUGAGCCUCAUCGAAACCUCUCAUUCAGGGACUGUUUCGAGAUUGUCUCACCCAAGAUGGAGCCGUCGUUCCGGGGCAUUCUUCUUAGGCUUGCAUCCCCAUUUACAAUCCGUACAAGGCCUGAUACCACACAGACAGGCACCAAGGAGAAGGUCAUGGAGUUAAAGGGUCAGAUGAUCCAUGUGCCCGAGUCGUGCUCCCUGAUGUUUCUGGGCUCCCCACGUGUUGAUAAGCUGGAGGAGCUGAUGGGCAGGGGCCUCCACUUGUCAGACAUCCCCAUCCAUGAUGCCACACGAGACGUUAUCCUGGUGGGGGAGCAGGCCAAGGCCCAGGACGGCCUGAAGAAGAGAAUGGACAAACUUAAGGCCACUUUAGAGCGGACUCAUCAGGCCCUGGAGGAGGAAAAGAGGAGAACCGUGGACCUCCUUUAUUCCAUAUUUCCUGGUGAUGUGGCACAGAAACUGUGGCAGGGUCAGCCAGUACCGGCUCGCAAAUUCGAUGAUGUCACAAUGUUGUUCUCAGACAUUGUGGGCUUCACUGCAGUGUGUGCCCAGUGCACACCCAUGCAGGUCAUCUCCAUGCUGAACGAGCUUUACACACGCUUUGACUACCAAUGUGGCAUUCUGGAUGUUUAUAAGAUCGAGACAAUAGGUGAUGCCUACUGUGUGGCAGGCGGACUCCACAAGAAGGUUGAUAGUCAUGCAAAGCCAAUCGCACACAUGGCUCUGAAGAUGAUGGAACUUUCUGAAGAAGUGUUGACACCUGAUGGGAGACCUAUUAAGCUAAGGAUAGGUAUCCACACAGGCUCGGUGCUUGCCGGCGUGGUCGGGGUUAAAAUGCCUCGGUAUUGCCUGUUUGGGAACAAUGUGACACUGGCCAGCAAGUUUGAAUCAGGGAGCCAGCCAAGGUGUAUCAAUGUUAGCCCCACAACUUACCAGUUGCUGAAGGAUGACCGUUCUUUUUCAUUCGUCCCUCGAUCACGGCUGGAGCUCCCAGAGAACUUUCCCAAAGAGAUCCCAGGGACAUGUUACUUUCUGGAGGCAGGGACUUCUCACAGCCAUGCCUCGCUGACCAGCUCUCGCUCGGCUCCCCCAGCCUCUAUGAGGAAAGUCUCCUACAGCAUCGGGACCAUGUUUCUAAGAGAAACAAGUUUGUAGGGUCGGAGCACAGACUUGUAUUAAGUGACACUCAUCAUGUGAGGGGGCGAGUUUUGAACCUGUUUAAAUGUGCAGGAAAUUAAUUUCACAGAUCUAUGGAUAUGCAAAUGCAAUGGAUGUAAACUUGGAUUCAGACCUGGGCGAUGACUUUGAAACUUUGAAAAUGACUACGAAUGAAACUUUAAAAGAUUCUCUCAUCAUUGGCGGAAAAAAAAGGAACAAAAGGCCCUCAUCCUCCUCUGGAGAGGGGGAUAUGCUUCAAACGACUCAAGGAACAGCAGCUAUGCUCGUUUCACGUAGACCCUAAAACAAGGACUGACUUGGUCAAUUAGCAGAGAAACCUAAAUAUAAAACGUGAUGAUCUUGCUGGUUUCAUGAGCUUCAUACCUGGUAUCUAGCUUUCUCCAUUGGCCCUUUCUCCCAGGUGGCUCUCAACAAGGCUUGGAGAAAACCUGGACACAGACUGGUGUUGCACUGGUUAGAGAUCAACAGAAUUGCGGAAAAAGAACAAAUCUGCUUUCAAUUCAAAAGUGGAUGAUGACCAGUGACGACGUAUGAACUUUGAAAAGAUGGCAACAUCCCACAAAUGUUUGCUGUGCAUCAUGGCCUCUUAUACAGGGAAGUCAACUGAUAAAGAACAAUAUAACUCCCCCUCAUCCCCCUCUAACUGUUACUAAAUCCUGUCAUGCUCUACCAAACUCAAAUCUAACAUCUGCUGCUCCUUACAUCAACCCACAGCAGGACCAGGUUGUGGGGUCAGGGGGACACACUGAGAGGCACAUUCAAGUAGAUAUGUUUUAAUAGGAGUCAAGACAAGAAAUGCCAAAAUGGCUAGGACUAAGCUAAUCUUAGAGCCUUUUCUGCUUCUAACCUAUUGCAAACUAUAGCCGACAACAGUCCAGCCAAUUCAUCGCAAGUAAUAUGUUAGGACUGAAAAUUAAACCCAGCUCUGUGCCUUUUUUACCGCUUAAGUCAGGACAAGUAGAAGAUGAAUACAUUUGUAAUAUUUGAACCGAAUAAAACACAGGGAGAGCUUCAUUUAUCAUCUUUUAAUUUGUUGAAUAUUUUUUAAAUUUCUGUUCAGCUACAACAGAGAGUGAGCCUCUUUGAUGACGUUAUGAUAUGUGCCAAAGGUUAUGAGUCACAAAUUUGAACCUGUGACGUCAACUUAUGGUAGGCGCCUUGUCCCAUCCCAUCAAGCUACCAGGACACUAUUUGUGUCUUACUUUUAGAAAGAUGUAAUCAGCUCUCCUUAAAUAGUUCAGAUAUUAGAAAUUCUGUUUUGUUUUCCAGACCAACCAAUACCAAUAAUGCCCAGAAAUAUUACUAAUACUGUAAUACUUAACUAACAUAUGCAUAGUCACAGGAAGCAUGCUCAACAUGGUUCCCAUUUUUUUCCCCCAUUGUUCUCAGCCAUGUGGAUAUAAAAGCUUUCACUCGCCCCCCUGCAAGGAAAUUCACUUAGGAGGAACCUCAUGCCUUCCAGAUACAUCCACAUCGCUCAAUAACCCAGAAAAUCUGUCAGAAGUUUUUGUCUCAGAGAAUAGUCAACAUACAUUUCAAAAGUGAAGGGAUCAUGAAAAAAGGACUUACAGUAUUUCAGAGACUGGGCACAUUUGGAUGAUUUACACAACACACAAACAUGGCUGCCAUUUCCCUCGUUGACAUACAUGGAUGUGACUCUAAUUACCGUACAUGUUCAUAAGCAUUAAUUAAGCAUUAGGCUCCAUGAAAUGUCAACAGAAAUGUUUUUUAUCUAAUGUGUAUGCAAAGAUGAAUCAAAAUCACAUUCUAGUUUCAGCGUAUUAUUGAUGAGCUUGGAUAAAAUUCUCUAACAAUUUAGUUAGUUUAAAUUUAGACAAAUGGUAUAACGUGUAACGAUAUAACGAUUACCUCCUUGGGGAAAAUGCUACAGCAUACACAAUAUGGUUUAACUGACGAAUAACAUGAUCACUCAAAUAAUAAUAGCUUCUCUUGAAAAUUGUAAUACAUAUUAGUGACUAUAGGAAACUGUGGAACUGGUUUAAAUGAACUUUAAUUGACAAAACUGCCCACGAAUGUGUAAGCUGCCACAGUAUGUCACUACAUUUGCCAAAUGACCAACUGGUUGCUGAACCUCUUAAAUGAUUCAACGAAAAUGUGCCAAUUGAUUUCUGAGACACCACCAGCACAGGGUAAUGUUGCUGCUAAAGUAAAUGUGUGCUACCUGCUGUCUGUUGUGUACUUGAAGGACCAACACAUUUUAACACUUUUUCAGCUAUGUGGCAUUGACAGCGGAUUCAUCAGGAACAUGAACUGGCUAUGCUAUGUUAAACACAGCUGGAAGGGAAAACAUCAGAAGGAUAAUUUACCUCUGACACAAAGACUAAGGACCAUCUGGCUCAGUUUCACCAUCUAAGAGACAAUGUGCCCUCUAACUGAGAUAAACACCAGCAUAAUACAUCAGUGUGUUCAAGCAAGGAUGGUAAGAUGAGAAGCAGUGAAGUCCAAAAGGUAUCUGUUUGACCUUCUGACUGUUUGAGCCAGACAUUUUCUACAAGUGCCAAAAAAAUUCAGUCAAAGGUCAUCAUGCGAUAAAAUAAUCAAAUUCUCUCAUCAGAUUCUCUGUUAGCGUUACCAUCACAAGUUUUGAAGCCCUUGCACUCAUUCAGGUCUUCAUACUUUUUGUCACUUAGAGUAGACACUUUUGAAAAUAGUUUUCCAUACAAUUUGUAGUCCAUAGAGACAACAUGGACUUGGAAAAAUAACAACAACAGAUAAAUCCAACCAUGUAGCACACACAUGGAUAAUUUUAUCCUGAAUAUCAGGUAUUAUAGCAUAACAGAAACAUGUAUUUUAACCAAUAACUAGAUGCAAUGAAGUGUUAGGACUAUAAAACAUAUUUAUAUAAAUUGAAUUAAGACACAUUGAAAUUCAAAAUCUUAAUAAGUAGCUUAAUUUCAUUUUGGAGCUCGCUACACCUGUUGGAUAGCAGUGAGAUGUUAACAGUUAAUAGCUCUGUUGUAGCAAAGCCCAAAUGUUUCACGAGACAAAAAAGAUCUAUAAUCGUGAUGUUUUUUUGUGAUAGUAUACAAAAUCAGAACUAUCAACAUCCACCUGGGACAUCUGUAAGUCAUAAAGUUUAUGUUCACACAAGUGAUUCAGAAGAAAGGCACUUUGACAUUUCUCUUUAUAGUUAGAUUGACAAGCUGGCCACGGAUCAGUCAAUUCUGAUUCAGUAUAAAUGGUCAAACACACUAGAGAGCGGUUCAAGUUUUCCCAGAACUUAGAGGAUGUUUCCCAUGUCUAUAAGGCCUGGGAAAGUGGAUAACAGUUAGCCUUAAUUUGCCCUUAAAACAAAUUUGAGUAUAACUUCACAUCUGUUUAGGGACCACACGGACCAUUAGGCUAUAUAGAAAACAACAUUUUUUCAGAGAGGUUCCUAAAGUCUUGCAGGUCUAUUUUAGUGUGAUCAAAAAUCCCACAUGAACAAAUUGACCCCUUGGCGGUCCCUCGAGCAUUAGUUUACUACAGAGGGUUUAACAUAAAUCACUCAAUUAGUAACAAUGACGUGUAACUAUUUGAAGACGAUAGCAACACAGCUGCAUUGUAACAUGUAGACAAGAUGAGAUAAUAUUUGAAG